AUGUUCCAGAUGUUCCAGUAGCCAUUUAUAUAGCCAGAUUUUCAUCUGUAGCACCUCUCCUUUCCAUCAGUGACACUAGAAGUAACAAGAAAUAUCCGAAUGACUCCAGCAUCAUUAACUCCGAUGUGCUCUCAGUGGAAUUCUUGAACAUUUCCAAAAUUAUUUUCCAGCUUUUAAGUCAGCCAGUGGUUUUAACUUUCUCUCUUCAG